UAGUCAUAUUAUAACAUUACAACAUCUCCAUCCCCAUCCGCAUCCGCAUCCCGGUGGCCUUUUUCCAAAACUUUCUCCUCUUGAUUCGCCAUUUUUUUCAAAAUUUCUAAAUCGACGGAAGAAACAUAAAAGCGUAUCGAAACAACAUCAAUCUUAUUCGAAAACAGGAUUCUCUGUUCAGUUUUUCGAGCUGUCUUCGUCUUCAUGAUCCAUCUUUCAGAAACAAGUUCGUUGACGGUCAUCUAAACCUCUCGUUUUCACCUCUUUCUCAAUCCGAGUUUCCAGAUUUUUAGCUUUAUUACGACUGCAUCUCUGUGUAUUCUUGGCCUGGUUUUGAGUACUGAAGUUUAAAAAUCAAAAGAUGGUUGCCUUUGGAAAGAAGUUGAAGGAAAGACAGAUUGAAGAAUGGCAAGGAUAUUACAUCAAUUAUAAACUUAUGAAGAAGAAGGUAAAACAAUAUGCUCAACAAAUGGAAGUUGGAACACAAGAUCGUCGGCACGUUCUCAAGGAUUUUUCAAGAAUGCUGGACAACCAGAUUGAGAAGAUUGUACUUUUUCUGCUGGAGCAACAAGGCCUUCUUGCAAGCCGUAUAGCCAAACUUGAUGAACGGCUUGAUGUUCUUCAAGAAGAACCUGAAAUAUCCCAGAUAACUGAAUUGAGAGAAGCUUACAGAGAAGCUGGCCAAGAUCUUUUAAAGCUUCUAUAUUUUGUUGAGAUAAAUGCAAUUGGCCUGCGUAAAAUUUUGAAAAAAUUUGACAAGCGGUUUGGCUAUAAAUUUACCGAUUACUAUGUCAAAACACGGGCCAACCAUCCUUACUCCCAGCUGCAGCAAGUUUUCAAACACGUGGGAAUAGGAGCUGUUGUUGGAGCCAUAUCGCGGAACUUGCAUGAACUCCAGGACCGUCAAGGAAGAAGCUAUCUAUCAAUAUAUGAUCAGCCUGUUCUUCCUCUCCAGGACCCUGUAAUUGAUUCAAUUAGAGCUGCUGUGGACAGGCUAAGUAACUCAACAAACUUCCUGAACUUUUUAGCACAGCAUGCCCUCAUUAUGCAGGAAGAAUUGCCUGCUCCUAUUGGGGAACAAGUCGAUGAUAGCAGUUAUCACUCCAUGUCUCUUUUCUUGAACCUCGCAAAUACCUUCCUAUACAUGGUCAAUACAUAUAUUGUAGUCCCAACAGCUGAUGACUACUCCAUGAGCCUUGGAGCUGCAGCGACUGUAUGUGGUAUUGUAAUUGGAGCAAUGGCAGUUGCACAAGUGUUCUCAUCAGUUUAUUUUAGUGCAUGGUCGAAUAGAUCUUACUUCAGACCUCUAAUAUUUAGCAGUAUAGCUCUCUUUCUCGGGAACUUGUUAUAUGCUCUUGCUUAUGACCUUCAAUCACUCUGGGUUCUUUUGAUUGGACGGCUUUGCUGUGGGUUGGGUUCUGCUCGGGCUGUUAAUAGGCGCUAUAUCAGUGAUUGUGUGCCACUAAAAAUUCGCAUGCAAGCAUCAGCAGGCUUUGUUAGUGCCAGUGCUCUAGGAAUGGCUUGUGGUCCAGCUCUGGCCGGAUUACUUCAAACGAAGUUUAAGAUUUACAAGCUUACUUUUAAUCAAAACACUUUGCCUGGUUGGGUUAUGGCUGUGGCGUGGCUAAUGUAUCUAAUAUGGUUGUGUAUCUCAUUUCGUGAACCUUCACGGGAAAGUGAAGAGAAUACACCACAGGAAUCACAUCAAGUUCAAAAUGAUACACUCGAAAAGGGUCUUCACCAGCCAUUGCUUAUAACUUCACUGGAGAAGCCAUCAGAUGAAGAUGGUGACCCAGAAGUUGAUGACAGUGAAGAAGCGCCCGAGGAAUCUCGCCUACCAGUGACCUCUAUUGGCUCAGCUUAUAGAUUACUUACUCCUUCUGUUAAGGUUCAAUUAUUGAUAUAUUUCAUGCUCAAAUAUGCAAUGGAAGUUUUGCUUUCGGAGUCUAGUGUUGUUACCACAUACUACUUCGGUUGGUCCACAAGCUCUGUGGCAAUUUUUCUGGCAUGCCUUGGUCUGACAGUUCUCCCGGUGAAUAUCUUUGUUGGUAGUUACAUUAGCAACAUGUUUGAAGAUAGACAAAUACUGUUGGUGUCAGAAGUUCUUGUCUUGAUAGGCAUCCUUUUAAGCUUCAAUGUAAUAGUUCCAUACUCUGUGGUUCAAUAUGUGGGCUCUGGACUUAUCAUGUUUGUGUCGGCAGAAGUGCUUGAAGGCGUGAACCUUGCACUUCUCUCACGAGUCAUGUCAUCUCGACUUUCACGUGGUACAUAUAAUGGUGGAUUGUUAUCAACAGAAGCUGGGACUAUUGCGCGAGUAAUUGCAGAUGGAACUAUAACCCUUGCUGGUUACUUAGGCCGAAGUAGGCUCUUGAAUGUUACACUCAUUCCCUCCCUCCUCAUUUGUGUAGUCUCCAUUCUUUCCACCUGCUACACCUACAACUCUCUAUACUGAUGAUAGUAGUCAUAGCUCAUUACAUUUGGUUUCUUCUAUCCGUCAAAAUCCUCAAUUCUUUCUCACUGGCCACUAUUCCUCCAUUUUUCUUUCUUUGCACUUGCUAGUGUCAUUUCAAUGAAAGCGAUCACUAGUUCAGAUCAUCUAUUCGAUUCUAAAUUUAUAUUCCCCUCACUACGUAAUAUGUCUUACAUGUGGGAUAGGAAGGUUCUCGUCUUAGAAGUAGAGAUUAUUUAUCUGGAUGUCUAUGUUUGUAGAUUUAUAAGAUUUUGUUUAAAGUUUAUUGUUCUUCCUCCUGCUUAUUGGAAAAAAAAAAAGCACACUGAGAGAUUAUGGACCACUCAUUUACGUUUUAGAAUUAGUAAAUAGAAAAUGCAUAAGAAUGGUCCAAAUUUAGCUGGAGGCUGCCAUUAUUGUAGGGUUUUCAAACUGUAAUCUCAUGCUAAUAAAAUUCAUUUUGGGUCUUUACAAGU